AUGUCCGGUCUUGAGGCAAUCGGUGCUAUUGCUAGCGUCUCGCAGCUUGUUCAAUAUACAGCGACCCUCAUCUCCAAACUCCACGCUCUAUACCGCAAUGUUGAACAAUCCGGAAAACGCUGCAAGCUGUAUCGGGAACAGAUCGAUGAACUCUUGAAGAUAGCGGGCCUCGUAGAUUCAUUAAAAGAAGUACUACGCUCCGAAGUUGUUACGACCCACGUCCAAGCCCUUUUGAGGACUAUCGAGAAUAUUGACAAAGAGCUGAGACAAGGAUGCGCCGGAGAUAUUUCAAGAAGAUGGAAAAGAUGCCUGGAAGCCGUGCGGUGGGGCAAGGCAGAAGAGGCCAUCCUGAGGGGCUUCGAGGAUCUGGAAAGAGACAAGAGCUGCCUUGCCCUAUCUAUUCUGGCAACUUACGGUACCCUUAUAAGCAGAAUCGACAGGAAUGUCGGAGAUGGCCUUCCCCAACUACAAGAGCAAGUCGAAAAGAUUGAACGGACAUUAAGCAACUGCUCCAUCUCUGUGAAAGAGGAAGAGAGAACCCAAGAAGUUUCCAGAUUUCUCAACAAGAGUGCUUGCCCUCAUCAGAUCCGCCUCAAAAUGCACAAGGCUGACGGAUACAACAAGGAAGUUGCAAUCCGAGGUCCGCGAGAUGUGCAGCCGAUGCCGCAGACCGAGAACUGCAACGGACAUGAACCUUCUGAGACGGAGAGCGCCGACGGACGUUUCGACAACAUGUCCGAAUCACGCUUCGCCAUGAAGCCGCGCAGUCCCGCAAGGAGCGACAGCGGAUACGAAAGCAUUCCGGAGACCACUAUUGCCGACGAGUCUCCUCCAUCAAAUCGGUCAUGGUCGGGGAACACGGCUUCUGAGGGGGCCAUGCAGAUAAACGGGAACGUUGGCAAAACAGACGCCAUCGACUCAGCCCUGGUCAACUGCCACUGGAGUCAGAACGAGGCGAAGGGUCGGAGCAAGCAGGUCAACGGAGAGAUCUUGGAUGCCAAAUUUGCUGCCAUUUUCUUCUGUCAGACCCCUUCAGCUGCUUAG